GUGAGAGAUGUCGCCAUUGUCAGCCCUGUUCGCACGGCGGUCGGGAGCUUUGGUGGGGCGCUGAAGGACGUAUCUGCCGCCGAGUUGGGAUCGACGGUUAUCAAAGCCGCCUUGGAGCGCACGAGCCUGGCGCCCGAAAAGGUGGACGAGGUCAUCCUGGGGCACGGCUAUGCGAGCGGCGAGGAGCCGGCGAUCGGCCGCCUGUGCGCCCUGAAGGCCGGGCUGCCCAUCGAGGUGCCGGGGUAUCAGUUGGACCGCCGUUGUUCGUCCGGCCUGCAGGCCAUCCUCAACGCCAGCAUGAUGGUGCAGACCGGCAACGCGGACGUGGUGAUCGCCGGUGGCGUCGAGAGCAUGAGCCGGGUGGAGUUCUACAGCACGGACAUGCGGAGCGGUAGCCGCCUGGGCUCGGUGACCCUGCACGACCGCCUGACGCGGGCGCGUUUCACGGUGGCCCCCGAGGAGCGUUUCGGGUUCAUCUCCGGGAUGAUCGAGACGGCGGAAAACCUCGCCGAGCGCCACGAUAUCUCGCGCGAGGAGCAAGACGCUUACGCCCUGCGCAGCCACCAGCGCGCCGUGGCGGCGCGGGAGCAGGGCCUGUUCGCCGACGAGAUCGUGCCGGUCAGCGUGCCACAGCGUCGCGGCGACCCCAAGGUGUUUGAGGCGGACGAGGGGCCGCGCCCUGACACGUCCCUGGAGGUUCUCGCCAAGCUGCGGCCAAUGACGAAAGGCGGCACCGUGACGGCGGGGAACGCCAGCUCGCAGAACGACGCCGCGUCGGUCUGCCUGGUUGUGGCUGCCGACAAACUCGACGAGCUGGGGCUGACGCCGAUGGCUUUUCUGAGGGGCUGGUCGGUGGCCGGUGUACACCCCGCCUACAUGGGCAUCGGACCGGUGCCGGCGGUGCACAAGCUGUUCGCGCGCACCGGCGUGACGUUCGACGACAUCGACGUGAUCGAGCUCAAUGAAGCCUUCGCCUCCCAGGUGCUGGCGGUGGUGAAGGAAUGGAAGCUGGAGGACGACAGCAAGCUGAACGUGCACGGCUCCGGCAUUUCGCUGGGCCAUCCCAUUGCUGCCACCGGUGCGCGCAUUCUCACCACCCUGCUGCACGAGAUGCAACGCCGCGACGCCCGCUACGGCCUGGAGACCAUGUGCGUCGGCGGCGGCCAAGGCGUCGCGGCGUUGUUUGAGCGUCCGUAG